UGUGGAAAUGGUGGUUUAGUUUGCUAACAGCUUAGCAAGCUAAACAGGUGUGGAAAUAAUGCUAGCUUGCUAACAGGUCGCGUGUAGCUAAACAGGUGUGGAUACAGCGGUUUACCUUGCUAACAGCUUGCGUGUUAGCAAGCUUAACAGGUUGUGGUUUUGUUAUGGAGUCUAAACAAGUAUCUUGUUAGGGUCCUGCAAGAGAAGAGACUGUGCUGGGUCUUUUUUGGCCCUAGUGAAGGAAAUUUGAUCUAUUCAUCAGAUAUCAUUGAUCUUUACAGCGAUUGCCCUGUUUGUUUGUAUUUGUUGUAUCUCAGAAUGAGUGGUAAUGAUUUAUUGAUGUAAAAAUGCUACAUCUAGCAAACAUAAUUCAUUUGAACCCAGCUGUAGAUAUCAUCAGCCUCUGAACUGAACUCUCAGUCCAGCUCUGGCUCAGUCCAGCUCUGGCUCAGCCCCACAGCGGCUCUUUCCCCCAGCAGUGCCUUUUGUAAUGGGACACUGCUAAACGAUGCUGAGAGCGCUCCAGUGCAGUCAUGGCCUGUUACACCUGACUCGCUUCUUGCUGCUGUCCACGCACUCGUCUGUUGUUAGCUUGUCUUCUCCAGGCUAAUUUAUGACACUAUCAGACUCAUCAGCUGCUGGUCACUGGAUGCCCUCAUGCUAAAACUAAUUACUUAAACUACUUGAGCCUAAUAACUUUGGUAUGCUUUGGAAUAUUGUAUUCCUUGUUGUUGAUGUAUAAAACAUAGCAGAGGAGGUUGGGGCACACAGGAACUACACCUUGCUUGCUAAUGCUAUCGUCCACAACUGAUACUCAAGCAUGUAAAUGCACUUAAAAAAGAGAGAUCUCUCCUGAAGAUGUUUCCACAAUCAGGGAAAUCGAUUGUCUUUGACAACUUUCCAGAUCCCACUGACACCUGGGAGAUCAUCGAGACAAUCGGGAAAGGGACCUACGGAAAAGUCUACAAGGUGCUCAACAAAACUGAUGGAAGUAAAGCAGCCGUAAAGAUACUGGACCCCAUCCAUGAUAUUGAUGAGGAGAUCGAAGCAGAGUACAACAUCCUCAAAGCUCUUUCUGACCACACCAAUGUUGUCAAAUUCUACGGGAUGUACUACAAGAAGGAUGCGAAAUGUGGAGAUCAGUUGUGGCUAGUACUGGAGCUCUGCAAUGGCGGCUCUGUGACAGAUCUGGCUAAAGGCAUGCUGAAGAGAGGAGACAGAAUGGAUGAAGCCAUUAUUGCCUACAUCUUGCAUGAGGCCCUCAUGGGCCUCCAGCACCUGCACGUCAACAAGACCAUCCACCGUGACGUCAAAGGCAAUAACAUCCUGUUGACAACGCAUGGAGGGAUCAAACUCGUGGAUUUUGGUGUUUCAGCCCAGCUGACAAAUACCCGUUUGAGGAGGAACACCUCGGUGGGAACUCCCUUCUGGAUGGCUCCCGAGGUUAUCGCAUGUGAGCAGCAGCUGGACUCAACCUAUGAUGCUCGUUGUGAUGUCUGGUCACUUGGCAUCACCGCCAUAGAACUGGGAGAUGGCGACCCACCCCUCUCUGAACUCCACCCAAUGAGAGCCCUUUUCAAAAUACCCAGAAAUCCUCCACCUACUCUCCACCAGCCGGAGCUCUGGUCAGACGACUUUAAUGACUUCAUCUGCAAAUGUCUGAUUAAGGACUUUGAGCUGAGGCCAAAUGUGCUUGACCUGCUCCAGCAUGUGUUCAUCAAACAGAUUGUUGGCAGAGAGAAAAUACUGCAGAAGCAAUUGAUUGAACUCAUUGACCUCAACCAACAAAUAGGAGUGAUUGAAAAAACAAGCCAUCAUGGAAAGACAGACAGAAGCACAGACAGUAAUGACAGUUCUAGGCAUGAACGCAUCCACACUAAAAGAGAAAGCCACAUGAAGACACAGACUGACCCAGAUGAGGUGGAUGACCUCGCCACCCUAGAAGUUCUAGAUGAGAACACGGUCACAGAGCAGCUUCAGAGUCGCUAUGGAAGAGAUCAAAUUUACACGUAUGUGGGAGACAUCCUCAUCGCAGUCAAUCCUUUCCAUAAGAUGGAGAUAUACACUCCUCAGUACACUAAGAUGUACAUAGGAGCUAAGCGUACAGCUAACCCACCACACAUCUUCGCUGUGGCUGAUGUCGCCUACCAGUCCAUGGUGUCAUACAACGCAGACCAGUGUGUUGUGAUCAGUGGGGAAAGUGGAGCUGGGAAAACAGAGAGUGCUCAUCUGUUGGUGCAGCAACUGACAGUGCUUGGGAAGGCCAAUAAUCGGACGCUCCAGGAGAAGAUCCUGCUGGUCAACAACCUGGUGGAGGCUUUUGGGAACGCCUGCACCGUCAUCAAUGACAACUCCAGCCGCUUUGGCAAGUACCUGGAGAUGAAGUUCACCUGCGGAGGAACAGUGGUCGGAGCGCAGAUAUCAGAGUACUUGCUGGAGAAAUCUAGAGUCAUCCACCAGGCAGUAGGGGAGAGGAACUUCCACAUCUUCUACUACCUUUAUGCUGGCCUGGCUGACAGGAAGAAACUAGCCCACUACAAGCUCUCUGACAGCAAAACACCUAAGUAUCUGUGUAACGAGCACAUUAAAUUAGGGCCUGACAUAGUGAGCAACACCUUCUACAAGGAGCAGUUUGAUGCAGUGGAGCAGUGUUUCAAAGUCAUUGGAUUCACCCUGGAGGAGCUGGGCAGUGUUUACAGCACCCUGGCUGCCAUCCUCAUUUCUGGCGAUAUCGAGUUUUCUCCGGUUGCCUCGGAACACCAAACAGACAAGAGCGACAUCUCCAACAUUUCUGUCCUGGAGAACGUGGCAUCACUGCUGUGUAUCCGCUCAGACGAGCUCCAGGAAGCCCUGACCUCCCACUGUGUUGUGGCCCGAGGAGAGACAAUCGUCAGGCCCAACACGGUGGAAAAGGCGGCGGAGGUGAGGGAUGCCAUGGGCAAGGCUCUCUACGGCCGCCUCUUCAGCUGGAUUGUGAACCGCAUCAACACACUGCUGCGGCCCGACAGCCACCCAGGAGAGGAUGACAAUGGCUUGAACAUCGGCAUCCUAGACAUCUUCGGUUUUGAGAACUUCAAGAGGAACUCCUUCGAGCAGCUCUGCAUCAACAUCGCCAAUGAGCAGAUCCAAUUUUACUUCAACCAGCACAUAUUCGCUUGGGAACAGGAUGAGUACCUGAAUGAGGAGGUGGACGCUCGGAUGAUUGAGUAUGAGGACAACCGGCCCCUCCUGGACCUGUUCUUACAGAAGCCCAUGGGCAUGCUCUCACUUCUGGAUGAGGAGAGUCGCUUCCCACAGGCCACCGACCAGACCCUCGUAGAGAAAUUUGAAACUAACCUCAAAAGCAAAAGCUUCUGGAGACCAAAGAGGGUUGACCUUGGCUUUGGUAUUCACCACUACGCUGGAAAGGUGAUUUACAAUGCUGCAGGCUUCUUGGCCAAGAACAGGGACACACUACCAGCUGACAUUGUCCUGCUGCUGAGGUCGUCAGAAAACGAGCUUACUCGGAAACUUGUCACCCAUCCCCUCACCAAAACAGGCAACCUUGCCCACACCAAGGGUAAAGGCAUAAACACAAUGCACAGCUCGCGGACCCCGACACGCACCAUCACCUUCGCUAAGAUGGGAGUGCUAACCUUAUACAGUUCUUUUUCUUUCAGCGAGCCUUCUCGGGAAUUAAAGCUCGCUCCUGAGAAAAAAUGCUUGCUUCCUGUGCCUCUUGAUGACACAGUGCAAAUGCAAACGCCGGGUGAACCUGGAGACACGCUUUACCACCCAAGAGAAACCACCAACAUGAGAACUCAAACAGUGGCCUCUUACUUCAGAUACUCUCUGAUGGACCUGCUGUCCAAGAUGGUGGCAGGGCAGCCUCACUUUGUUCGCUGUAUCAAACCAAACAAUGAUCGCCAUGCCAACAAGUUUGACCGGGAGAAGGUCCUGGUUCAGCUGCGAUACACUGGAGUGCUGGAGACCGCCAAGAUCAGACGACAGGGCUACUCGCACCGCAUCCUUUUUACUAACUUCAUAAAGAGGUACUAUAUCUUGGCUUUCCAUGCUCAUGAGGAGCCAGCUGUGACUCCAGAAACAUGUGCUGCAAUACUGGAGAAGGCCAAGCUGGAAAACUGGGCAAUGGGUAAGACAAAGGUGUUCCUCAAGUACUACCACAUUGAACAUCUGAACCUGAUGGUGCAGCAGGGCACACAACGGAUCAUUCUGCUCCAGGCUUAUGUCCGAGGCUGGCUGGGAGCCAAACGAUACCGGCAGAUAUUAAAAGAGCGAGAACAGAGUGCUCUGGUGCUGCAGUCAGCUUACAGAGGUCAUAAAGUUCGGAAGAGGGUGGCUGAUGACAAAAGCAAAGCAAAGUUUGAGGCCUUCAUCAUCCAGUUUCAGGCUGUUUGCAGGGGCUAUCUUGCAAAGAAGAAAUACAAGGAGUUGGUAGAUGAGAAGAACAAAGCUGCAACUAAGAUACAGGCCCGGUACAGAGGGCACAAGGAAAGGAAAAGCUUCACAAGAAAACAGGAAGCCAAAGAAAAAGAGAAAGCAGAGAAGGCCCUUAAAGAAAAAGAAGAAGAGACUCCUGAACCAGAGAAGAUCACCAAUGAAGAAAAUUCCACUGCUGCCGAUGAAGAAGCGAAGAAUGAGGAAGAGGAAGCUAAGGCUGCCGUGGUUCUCCAGAGCAACUACAGGGGCUACAAAGAGAGAAAAAAGUUUAAAGAGAGAAAAAAGACAAUGGCUGGGACUGAAUUUGAGUUACCAUCAAACGCAGUGGUGGAACAAGAAGGUGGGAAACAGUCUACCAGCAAAGAAGAGAAAGGGGAAAAGACAACUGAUAAUCAAGAGGAGAAUGACGAAGAUGAAGAAAGUACGUAUGAAGCAGAGGAGAAUGAUGACAGUGAUCACACACAGGUGCCAGAAGAUGACGAACAUACAGAAGUGGCAGAUGAAGCAGUAAUUGAGGACGCACCAGCAACAGAUGCUGCAAAAGAAGGGCAGGAGGAGGACAAGAAGGAGGAGAAUGGACAAGAGAAGACUGCAGGUGAAGAGGCCAUCGACAUAGAAGAAGAAACCAAGGCUGCCACUGUUCUCCAGAGUAAUUUCAGAGGUCACAAAGAGAGGAAGAGGUUGCAGGAUGAAGGCAAGAUCCCAGCAAAGAAACAAAAAGCAAGAAGUCCUACUGGUGAAAAAGAAGUGUCCACAGUGAUUAGCCCUACAGGUGAUGAAGUGUCUGAAGUUCAAACACCAGAAGAAGUCUGCAGCGUGGAGACAGAAAAAGAAGAAGACGAGACCAAAGCAGCUGUGGUGCUUCAGAGCAACUUCCGCGGCCACAAGGAGCGCAAACAACUCGAGAAGGAAGGAAAGAUCCCUAAGAGGAAGAAGGAAAAAGAAGUUACACCAAAACCUCCAAAAAAAGAAGAACAGGUAAUGCAGACAGAAGAAUCAGUGCCAGAAUCCCAGCCUUCUGCGGAGAACCUGGAGGGACUGGACGAGGAAAAAGCUGCUACUGUCCUUCAGAGUAACUUCAGAGGCCAUCGGGACCGAAAGAAACUGAAAGCAGAGAGAGAAACACAAAACAAAGCAAAAGUUGAAGCUUCCAAUGAUGCAGAAGAGGAAACUAAAGAGGAGGUAGAGGAGGAGGCCCUGGAUGUCACUGACGUGGUGAUAGAACGUAGAGAGGAGACAGAUGCUGAAAAAGAAAGACUGGAGGAAGAGCAGGCUGCAGUGAAGAUCCAGAGUAACUUCAGAGGGUACAAGGAUAGGAAGAACCUGAAGGCCAACAAGCAAACAGUGCAGACAGAAGCGGCACAUCUAGAGAGCUUCUCCAAAGAGAUCACAAGGACUUCUCAGGACUAUUUGGCCCUGCAGCAGAAGUUGAAUGAGAUCAUCCAGGCCCAUCAAUCAAACCCCGAGAACAAUGGCAUGUUUGUGAGAGGAAAAGCAAUCAAUGGCUAUGCUCCCCAGAAUCACCAAUCAACCGACAAAAGACUGUUGAGGACCCCCCGCAGGACCCAGCAGCCGAAGACCCUCAACACACCAGAGGACUCCACCUAUUACAACUUAAUUCAUAGGUCUGUCCAGGAUGAUAAACGCAAGCCCAGGAAAGAGGAUCCAGGAAAGCUGCUGGAUGUAGAUGACCACUACUACCGGGAACUGUCCACCAGCAGGUCUGAACCCUCCAUCUCCACAGAGGACACGUCGCUCAGCAGCACGCCUGAGAGAAGGCACUCUGUAGAGAGGAGGCGGUCAAUGGGCAGGAGGCAGUCUACAGAGCAGAGACCAGCUGCUGCCAGUAGACAGACCAGAGAGAGGGCCGUCACUGAACCAAAGCCUUCCAAACCUGCCAAUGAAAACAGCGUUGACAGGCGCUCUGUUCCCAGAAUGCCCUCCACAGAGAGUCGUACUGAGGAGAAUCCGUAUGACUUCAGACAUCUAUUGAGGAAGACCUCCCAGAGACGAAAGCUCAUCAAACAGUACUGAACACAUGACUGAACUUUUUUAGUCAUUUGGCACAUAAUUUAUCAAAAUCUGAAGCAUGUUACACACUUUGUGGCAAUGUAUUAACAUAUAUCAUGCUAUAUGAUAUAUGACAAUGUGAUUCAUCACAGCUUCCUCAAAAACCUUUGAAACUGUUUCGUUACGGAAAUGAAAACUGCAUUGAUUAUAAGUCACCACCAGUCUAAUUAAUCUCAAUGCACCAUAGACGGAAUGAAGGUAAAUGUAAAUAAUAAAAUGCUACACCCUUUAAACUUGCUGUAAAUGAAGGUUUUAUUAAUUUGUAAACUAGACAUAGCUACUUUUCUUUAUCAAUUUCCUGUCAAAACUGUUUUUUUAGUAUUGUGGUUGAGGUUGUUCAUAUCAUUUAAUUAUUAAACAGAAUUGUAUAAAAUAUCUAUAGAUCAUGUAAAUACAAAAGCCAUGCUCUUACACUUGAAAAAAAUUGCAUUUCAAUUCAUUUUGAAGAACGUAUCUUUGGAAAAUCAGCUUCAGUGUUGUCAUGUUGUAAGAAAUGUAUAUUCCCUUCUCUGUUAUCUGUUUUGUUUAUUUAAACAUAAAAUACAUAAAAUUC